AUGAGCCUCUCCGUCGCCGGUAAAGCCACUAAGCUCUCAGUUCUCAUCUCUUCGAUGCGAUUCUCCUCCUCCGCGUCUUCGUCGACGAUCUCCUUGAAUCCAAGUGGAAGAUUGCAGCAAACUCUCGCCGGAUGUGUGGAGUUGCAAGGGAAGGCUCUGCAUUCCGGUAAGCUUUCUUCAGUAAAGCUACUUCCGGAGAUCGCCGGAGCUGGAAGAUACUUCGAGUUUCGUUCCGGAUCCAUCCCCGCGUCGAUUGAGUUUGCUCAGGAAUCGCCUCUUUGCACUACGCUGUUGAAAGAAGGGAUCAAAAUCCGAACCGUUGAACACUUGUUGUCAGCUCUUGAGGCGAAAGGAGUUGAUAAUUGUAGGAUUCAAAUCGAGAGCGAAAGUGUAGAUGAUGAGGAAGUCGAGGUCCCCAUUUUUGAUGGAUCAGCGAAAGAGUGGGUUGAUGCGAUUGAAGAAGUUGGCGUAAGCGUUGCUCAAGACCAUGCUGGUCAAAGUGUGGAGAAGAUGGUAGCACAUCUGAACAACCCUGUGCACGUUUGCAAGAAUGAUUCUUUUGUAGCUGCAUUUCCUGCUCUAGAGACUCGUAUCACUUGUGGUAUCGACUUCCCACAGGUCCCUGCUAUAGGGUGCCAGUGGUUUUCUUGGAGACCUUUACAUGACUCUUCCUUUGCAAAGGAUAUCGCACCAUCAAGAACUUUUUGUGUCUAUGAAGAGGUGGAGCGAAUGCGUGAAGCAGGCCUUAUUAAAGGAGGUUCGCAGGAUAACGCCAUCGUGUGUAGCGCUGAGCAUGGAUGGAUGAACCCUCCUCUGCGUUUUGAUAAUGAACCGUGUCGACACAAGAUCCUGGACCUUAUCGGUGACCUCUCCCUUGUAGCACAGGGCGGCAAUGGAGGACUCCCCAUAGCUCACAUAGUGGCAUUUAAGGCAAAUGCCACUUUAAAACAUCUUCUAAUCUUCUUGACAUCAAAAGAGAAAGCAGUUUUCUAA